AUGCAGACCCGCGCCGCGCGCUCGGUCGUGCGCGAGCUGCAGCAGCAGGUCGCCGGCGGGCAGCGGUCGGCGUUCGACGUGACGCGCGAAUAUCUGCAGCAGCUGCGCAGUGUGGAAGACGCCCUCGGCAGCUUCAUCACCGUCGACGACGAGUACGCGCUGGCGCAGGUGCACAAUGGGCUGCGGUGGGGCGACUUUGCCGCGACAGAGGCCAGGGCGAUCGACGAGCGCCGCGCCGCAGGCGAGGCCCUCGGCCCCUUGGCCGGCGUCCCGAUCGCCGUGAAGGACAACCUCUGCACGCGCGGCCUGCGCACCACGGCGGCCUCCAAGGUGCUCGAGUCGUAUGUGCCCCCCUUUGAUGCGACCGCCGUCGCGCGGCUGCGUGCGGCGGGGGCAGUCCUAGUGGGCAAGGCCAACAUGGACGAGUUUGGCAUGGGCAGCUCCACUGAAAAUUCAGCCUACAAGCUCUCCCGCAACCCGUGGGACCCGUCCCGCGUCCCCGGCGGAUCCUCGGGCGGCUCUGCCUCCGCGGUCGCCGCCCGCCAGGCCGCCGCGGCGCUCGGCUCCGACACGGGCGGCAGCAUCCGGCAGCCGGCCCACUUUUGCGGUGUCGUCGGGCUCAAGCCCAGCUACGGCCGCGUCAGCCGCUUCGGGCUGAUCGCUUAUGCAUCCAGCCUGGACGUGGUGGGGCCGCUGGCAAACAGCGUGGAGGACGCAGCGCUGGUGCUGAACUCGAUAGCGGGCCACGACCCCCGCGACUCGUCCAGCGCCGCCGAGCCCGUCCCCGACUUUGCGGCCGGCUUGGUAGCCGCCGAGCAGCUGCCCGAGCGCCCGCUGGCCGGCAAGCGGAUUGGGGUGAUUCAGGAGACGACAGGCGCUGGCGUAGCGCCGGGCGUGGCGGCGGCGGUGGCGGCGGCGGUCAAGCACCUGGAGUCUCUGGGGGCAGAGGUGGAGGAGGUGCGCGGGAGAACAGGGUGA